AUGCGCACUCACACGGGCGAGCGGCCAUUCCAGUGCUCAGACUGUGGCAAAAGCUUCCGGUGCCUCAGCUUCUUGACCAAUCACAUCAAAACGCACUCGCUCGCCAGACCUUUCAAAUGCAUACAGUGUGUCAAGACCUUUCGCAAAAAAGCAGACCUCAUCAAGCACAUCCGUGUGCACACUGGUGAGAAACCGUACAAGUGCACCAUCUGUGGCAAAAGCUUCUCUCAAGGCUCGUACUUGAAGAUCCACCGUGAAUGCCACACCUCAGAGAACCUGCACCAGUGUCCUCACUGCAACAAGAGUUUCCCAACGGCAUUUAAGCUGUCCAUUCACGUCCGCUACCAUUCCAUGGAGCGCUCGUAUCAGUGUAAUCAAUGCGGGAAGAGCUUCAUCUAUGCCAGUCUCCUACGAAGACACAAAGGUUAUCAUGCAGGUGAGCGCCAGCAUCUGUGCUCCAUCUGUGGCAAGUCCUUCGUCUACAUGUUCGACCUGAAAAAGCACCAGCGCAACCAUGAGAGACCGCGGAUCAAGAUCCCGUGCACCCUUUGUAACAAGACGUUUGCGGGACCUGAGAUGCUGAGGUGCCACCUGCGCAUACACACCGGAGAACGUCCAUUCCGCUGUAAGAUCUGCGGAAAAGCAUUCUCUCAGAUUGGGAACAUGAAGAGACAUGAGCGCGUGCACACAGGCGAGAGGCCAUUCACCUGUGAAAGAUGUGGGAAGACGUACAAGCAUUCGUCUCACCUGAAGAACCACAUGCUCAGCCACACAGGCGAGCGGCCAUGGCAGUGCUCUCAUUGCGGGAAGAGCUUCAAGUUUGCUGGGCCUCUUAAGAAACAUGAGAGAACUCACUUGGGUGAACGAGGAAAUCGUAGAAGGAGCUACGACCAAACGCGUAGCCGCAUAAAACCAGAACCCAAAAGCCCUUAA